UGACAUGGACGAUCGCCGUGCAUCAAGAAACAACAGCAGCAGUGAAGUGUCAAACACAUUGUUUCCAGCUCUUAAAAGUCUCGUACUAUCAAAGAUGCCAAAUCUGAGAGAAUGGAUGGAUGCACAAGCUGAGUCAAGAAGAGAGAGUAAUGAAGAUGUUAAAGUGUUUCCCAUUCUUGAGGAUUUGACAAUUAAGAAGUGCUACCGCCUGGUCAACGCUCCAAGCAAUUUUCCAAGUCUGAAGAGUUUGAAAAUUCAGAAGAUUGACAAGCUUCAGCCAGUGAAAAAGAUUUGCAGCAAUGCAACCAACCUCUCAGCUGUCUGGAUCAAAGGGAUGGCAGAUCUCACUCAUGUUCAAGACGUUUUGAAUGGCUUGAACCUUCAGUCACUGAUACUAGAAAAAUGCCCCGAAUUAGUUGACAUACAUGGCGGUGGAACUUCACUUAGAGCUUUGAGCAUCCUUGAAUGUGAGAAUAUAAGAAAAUUGCCAAAAGAUCUCCAUCAAUUACAGAAUUUGGAUUCUUUGGUCAUCGGGGGUUGCCAUAAUUUGGAGACAAUUCCAAUUUCUAGUGGACAAAAAGGCCUGACCUCCCUCAAAGAUUUGAGAAUCGGUUAUUGCAACGGGUUAACUAGUCUACCAGUUGAAAUGCUGGAGGCUCGUUCAUCUCUAUUGUCUCUGAUGGUGUGUAAGUGCCCCAACCUUGUCUCCUUUCCAAUUGAUUUGCGGCAAAUGCCGUCUCUUGUUUCAUUAGCAUUGUUCGGGUGUCCAAAGCUGACCACUAUUCCUAAAGGACUAGAUCAGGUUUCCAGCUUGAGUAUGUUGCAUGUUGGUCCCUUCUUAGAUUCCCACACGGAGAAUGAAUGGUUAUCAGCAUUGGCUUCCUCUUCUGUUCAGAGACUAUCAUUGGUUGGUCAGCCUCAAUCAGACUCUCUGCCCGUACAACUUCAAUACCUUACUAGCCUGACAGCACUAGGUCUACAUGGUUUUGGAGUGGAAGUUUUACCAGACUGGUUGGCGAAUCUUGCAUCCCUUGAGGAACUACGGCUAGAUGGUUGUGAAAAGCUUCAGCAUUUACCUUCCACUGCUGCCAUGAGGCGCCUCACCAAAUUAAAAUUCCUGGGAAGUUUUGGUUGUUCUCUCCUAGAGAAAAAUUUCACUCCUGGCGCUACAUCCGAGUGGCCCAAGAUUUUUAAUAUUUCCCACAUUCAAUUUGAGGACAAACCUAUUGGGGCUUACUGAAAUUUCAUUCUGUCUGACAAAUUUCAACUGUAAGCAUUGCCAUGACUACUUGGAAAAUGUCAUGUCAACUAUUCCAAAGGGGUUGCAGUAAACCACUGCUCCCAUUUAUGGUUAAAAGGAAUACAUCUUCAGCAGCCACAAUUGCUUCUAUUUCAUUGUCUUUCGAAUAGGACUAUAUUUCAUUUGUACGAACCAAGCAGAGCAAAACAGCAAGCUCUGGUUAAUUGAGUGAGCACUGCAAAGUGACAUACAAGUGUGAAGACUCGUACUUUGUCUAGUCAGUGUAU